GCGAGCUUCACGAGGCUCUUUGUAUGACUCCGCGAGGCAGCACAGCAACGAGCAGCGGCGGCACAAACAGGGCAGCCGACCGGGUGACAACCGCUGGACAGACCGGGUCCAACCUCCUCUGUCCGAAAAACAGUGUGCAGCCUCUGGAUACGGAUAAAACGUCGUUUAGACGAUUCCAGCCUUUUAAAGUAUCUCGGUGACUCUUUUUUUAGUCUAGUAAAAGCGCAUUUAUCGCGAAGUUUUGUCCUCAAAGCAGCCGUUACCGGCGCGCAGACCCAGGGCUUGCUGUGGGGAGAGAGCAUCCAGCAAAACUUCAGCGACACUUUCUGCCUCUUUUCUGCUUAUUUUGCCGACUUAAACAUAAUUACUGACCCAAAGCAGUGUUCUUCAGUGUCAAAUUAUCUCCGUUCAGCCCCAGUCUUUCUUUCUGUCGGACAGCGGCUGUGUAUCUUUUCUGUGUUGUCUCGAAAAAUAUUCAACUUUGCAAAAACAAUAGUAAAGGUACCUUGCUGGCUCCUUCCCGCCGCGAAACGACCCGUCCUGGCUGUGAAAGUCGAAGCUGAAAGAGUAAAAGAAGAAAGAGAAGAGAAAAGGAGAACGGGAGGAGAAGUGGAUGUAUUUGAGCCAUGGAUGUGAGAGUUUACCCGCCUCCUCCUCAGCCGCUGGCCGCGUCAGACCCCACCAGACUGGGGCAGCUCUCCUACCCUGACUCGGCCUUCGGCACCAACAAGUUAGACGGGGACACCAUGUUCCUGGGCAUGCCAGAGGCUAGCCUUGACUUUGCUUCAGCCAAUCAGUUCCGAGUGCCACAACCCCCCCACCACUCGACCAAGGCUGCGCCUGCUAACGCAACCUCACAACACUGGAGGAGGGACGCGCUCACCGUUGACACACACCGACUGCCCUGGUCGUACUCAGUGGGUGGCUUGGGUGAUGAGGAUUUUAACAUCCCCCCCAUCACUCCCCCAACCCUGCCGGACCACAUGCUGCCCCCCCAUCCUCCCCACGACCCUGCCCCUGGACCUUACCACCCCCUGCCUCCCCACUCCAUCUCAGCCCCGCACCACCCCUACCCACUGCAGGCAAUGGACCUGCCUGCCAUGCCUGGGAGCCAAGAAGGUGGCGCUGUGUUGAACCAAGAUGGUGGCACGUUCAGCCAAGAUGGUGGCCCAAUGACCAGUACUCUUUCAGUGAUGCAGCAGAUGGUGAACUCUGAUUCGCGGUUUACCAGUAGCCAGCAGCCAAUAGAAGCAGCCCUCGGACCCAGAAGCCAGUCGGGCAUUGGCCAGCAGACUCAGUUGGCUACUAUCAAUCAAUCCCAGCUGGGUCUCAGUGGGAACUCUGUUACCCAUAAUUCCCCCUCACCCCCAGGAAGUAAAUCGGCCACACCUUCCCCCUCCAGCUCAGCACACGAGGAUGAAAAUGAUGAUACACUGAGGAAUAUUGGAGGGGAGAAGCGCCCAGCUGCACUGGACACCCCUAAGAAACCAAAAACACCAAAGAAGAAGAAGCGCAAAGACCCCAACGAGCCAGUGAAGCCGGUAUCUGCCUAUGCCUUGUUCUUCAGGGACACUCAGGCUAACAUCAAGGCCCAGAACCCCAAUGCCACCUUUGGGGAAGUGUCAAAGAUUGUUGCCUCCAUGUGGGACGGCCUGGGGGAGGAACAGAAACAGAUAUACAAGAAGAAGACUGAGACAGCUAAGAAGGAGUAUCUGAAACAGCUGGCUGCAUACAGGGCCAGUCUGGUCUCACAGUCCACCCAGAGUUACAAUGACCCAUCUGAGAUGAAGCCGCUCCACUCGUCCUCUUCAUCCUCUUCCUCCUCUACCUCCAUGUUUACACCCAAACCUUCAGUCUACCCUGGUCAUCCAAGCCAGCACUCCUCCCUCCACUCCCUGUCCCACACUCACCCUCUCACUCCCUCCCACCACCCGGGCAUGUACAUGCCCUACCCACCCCCAUCACACCCUUCUCAUGCCAGGAGCCCCGACCUCGGCCCCCACCUGCCCCCUCCUCACCCCCAGAUUCACCCGCAGCUCCAGGCCCUGUCCUCCAGAGGGACUGCUCCCCGGCCCAGUGUCCCCCACCAAGGAGCGCUGUCCUUGGGCAGUGUGGCGACAGCAUCCCCACCUCCUCUCCAGGUCAGCCCUCCGCUCCAUGGCCAAGCACACCUGGGCGGGCUGCACAGUCCACACCACCAACAUCAGCAUCUGGGCAUGACACACUCACCUGCCAUGACACAGGGCUACCACCCCUCUCACCAGCCGGACUACCAGCCAAUGGGAGGAGGGAUGCUAAAUGGUGGCACCGUGAUGUCAUCAUCAGUGGACUACCACCAGCUGGGUCGGCCCACACCCAACCACCACUCAGCCCUGGACUGGAGUACCGAUUACCAAGGCAACGGAGGCAUUCAGAGAGACAAACCUCUGUUCCUUAGCUAAUCGAAGGAUCAAGUGAGGCCAAACCUUAGUCAAGCCCGACUACUGCCACACCUAGUAACCUCUAGCUUCACCUCACCUUUGACCCAGCCAAGCCUAGCUCAAACAUAGGACCCUUGGAAAACUAAACCAAGCAACUGGAUCCGCACUGGACUCAACCACAGUCCAGCACAAGCCACCAUCACCCUAAACUAAACCUCAGUUAGCCACUUAUAAAAGAAACCUGCCCUCAUAGUAACACCUGCUCAGACACCACUGACUGUUCCCAAGCCAGUCUCACCCUCAUUCCCUCAUCAGCCCUGGACGAGCCACGUACUGGACCUCAACAAACUUCAACCAUCCCCUCUGUACAUCUCAUUUAAUCUAGUCUUUCAGGCAUUCAGCUGUUAACCAGAGUCUUGCUGUGGGUUGUUUUCAUUUUUGCACCAUUUGGCAUCCCCAACUACUGAGCACCAGCCAGAGGGGAUGCAAAAUGGCUGCACAGGACUGCUGCGAUGUCAUGUGCACAGGAGGGACACAACAGGACGGUGUUAAGAUCAAGGAUUGGAAAUGGUUUCUCCCAUGUCCCAUAAUUAAACUAUCUGGUUUUAUUUGAAGCCUGGCUGAUCCCUGCUGUGGCCAAAUUCUGUUGUAUAUUCUGCUGACCGUUAACUGGACAAGAUACGGCCUGCUGUGAUUGGCAUUUGAUUAGAAAUAAAUAAAUAUAAAGUGUAUACGGAAACAUAUUCUGUCUGCGUGCCCAAAAGGUCCCCUAGCACUUACCUGGUGGAGUUUGAUGUAAACACAUGGCUACAUGUGAGCGAAAAAAAAAAAAAAAAAAUCUUUGUUUCUUGUUUUGUAAAGACGAUGAUGAUGGUCAGCUCCAAUCGGACUAAAAUCCU